AGGUCAGAACUUCGAGACCAGCCUGGUCAACAUGGUGAAACCCCGUCUCUACUAAAAAUACAAAAAUUAGCCGGGCGUGGUGGCAGGUGCCUGUAGUUCCAGCUACUCAAAAGGCUGAGGCAGGAGGAUCGCUUGAACCCAGGAGGCGGAGGUUGCAGUGAGCUGAGAUCGCACCACUGGAUUCCAGCCUGGGUGACAAAGCCAGACUCCAUCUCAAAAAAAAAAAAAGUUAGCGUCUUCAGCUCAUUAAGACCACCUCCUGCUUCAGGACAGGCCAACGUACACAUCAUCCCCACAGCGAAGUUUUGGUCUAUGAGGGUCAGUGCUGUCCUCAUAGGCUAUCAUUUCUGUCCUGGUGUUUAACAGCCCUAAUGGGUGUGAUAAUAAUAUGUUUGCAAUCCCCUGUUAACAGUAAGCAUCAGACAAGUGAGGGGUGCUAACCUGCAGACUGCCGGCAUGCUUCUCCAGCAUUAGGGGACGACCAGGUUGAGCUUGUGCUGGGAGAGCGUCCUGUCUGAGGGUAGAGACAUAGCCCCUGCCUUCAGAGACUCCCAGCCUGAUAGAAGAAACAGUCUCUGCCCUGGAGAGCCCCUUGUCCAAGGGUAUAGAGAGUUAUUGCAGGCUCAAGAAAGAGACAAAAGUCACUUGCGAUGCAUGCAGUUAGCAAAUAUCUAUUGAGGGCCCUCUCUGUAUGUGCCCAGCAAUGGAGUGGGUGCCAAGGGUACAGGGGGAAGGGGGCCUGUCCCUGUCCUCAAAGUGCUGUACCUGAGCAGUCACAAAAUAGUAUGGUGGUGGGUGCCACGAGACAAGAAGGUGGGGCCCCCAAGCAGGCUGUCUGGAUGUGCUGCCACCUGGAAGUCCCCUCUCUGCACCCCUGGCACUUCCCAGGUGCAUCCACCUUCUGCAGCUCCCAUUUCGUCCUCCUUGCUCAUAGCUGGUUGCUUACCUAAGGUCUCUGACCAGUCCAUAGCCUAUUCACCUCAAAACCCUGCGCUGAGGAAGCGCUCAGUGACCGAGGAAAGAAGGGAAGCAGGAAGGAAGGAAAAAGGAGAGAAUCUCUGCCACCACCACCCUGUGCCAGUCACAGGGCCCAGUCUAGGAGCCGCCUGGAGACCCACGCUGACCUGGCUUUCCCCUCAGAGCUGGGAGCAUGGGAUGUGAGGAGCCCCUGGGUCAGCCUGUGCCCUUCUCCUCCCCUCUUCCUGUCAUUUUCUACGUCUAAUUCAGACUAGGUGUGUCUGUGGCUCUUCGGAGAGGAAACAAGACAUUUCACACUGACACUUCUCCCCACCCUCCUCAGAUAGCCCAUUUCCACGUUGUUUGGGGGCAGGAUGGGUCCUCUGGGUGGGAAGAGGGUGUGGAGGAUGGAAAGAGCCGGUAAGAAGGAGAAAGUCCCGCCUCGGAGGGCUCGGGUGGGGCAGGAGGAGAGGCUGCCUCCAGUCACAGAGCCCGGAGGCAGAGGCCUCCCAAGGUGCCGUGCUCUUCAGGAGGGUCUGAGGAGGAGGGAGGGGCGGCAGAGUGGGCCUGUGCUUGGAGACGUCACCCCGGGCUUUAUAAAAGGGAUGUGAUCAGGGAGCUGGGGAGAACUCUGAGACCGGGAGCCCAGCUGCCCACCCUCUGGACAUUCACCCAGCCAGGUGGUCUCGUCACCUCAGAGGCUCCGCCAGACUCCCGCCCAGGCCAGGACUGAGGCAAGCCUCAAGGCACUUCUAGGACCUGCCUCUUCUCACCAAGAUGAACUCACUGGUUUCUUGGCAGCUACUGCUUUUCCUCUGUGCCACCCACUUUGGGGAGCCAUUAGAAGAGGUGGCCUCUGUGGGGAAUUCUAGACCCACAGGCCAGCAGCUAGAAUCCCUGGGCCUCCUGGCCCCCGGGGAGCAGAGCCUGCCGUGCACCGAGAGGAAGCCAGCUGCUACUGCCAGGCUGAGCCGUCGGGGGACCUCGCUGUCCCCGCCCCCGGAGAGCUCCGGGAGCCCCCAGCAGCCGGGCCUGUCCGCCCCCCACAGCCGCCAGAUCCCCGCACCCCAGGGCGCGGUGCUGGUGCAGCGGGAGAAGGACCUGCCGAACUACAACUGGAACUCCUUCGGCCUGCGCUUCGGCAAGCGGGAGGCGGCACCCGGGAACCACGGCAGAAGCGCUGGGCGGGGCUGAGGGCGCAGGUGCGGGGCAGUGAACUUCAGACCCUAAAGGAGUCAGAGCAUGCGGGGCGGCGGGGGGGACGUAGGGCUAAGGGAGGGGGCGCUGGAGCUUCCAACCCGAGGCAAUAAAAGAAAUGUUGCAUAACUCACUGACGUGUGGUCUGUGGCUCAUUUUUGCAAGCAGCUCUGAUGAGGCUGUUCCCCUUCCAUCCUCAUUGGAUGGUUAGCUGAUUUCAAGAGGCCUCUGGUGUCAUUAAGGUCAGUGCUUCUCACACUAGAUGUAAUGAAGGAACAGGCGGUUAGUUCUCCAAUCCAUUGCAGAUUGGUACUUAAAAAAAAAUUAAAA